AUGAAGCGGUAUGGAGAUUUCUCUGAUCUGUAUUCAAUUCUACAGUCAGAUACUGCUAGCGUGAAAGUCCCAGAGCUUGACUUGGAGCUUACCAGUGGCACGUUGGGUGGAAUUGUGACAACCGUUGAAGGUUUGAUCAGGAAGAUUAGUGAAAAUCUUGAGAGAGUACAUGGAUUUACUUUUGGAGAUAGUCUUGAUGAUUUUAAGAGAAGCAAGUGGCUCGACUUUCAAGCAAGGCUUAACAAGGAAUUGCAGUUCUUACCUGUUGUUUAUGACAAUUUUUUUGAAACAUUAACUAGAAAUGCAGGGGCAGAGAGACAAGCAAGAAAUGUGAGAAAUAUUAGAGACACUCGGAGCUUUAAAACCUCAAGGAGAAUAGAGUAG